UUUUCCCAGGUUGAGGAAAUAAAUGAAAAAUAAACAUUUAAAAAACAUUUUAGUUUCAUAUCGCGUCACGCUUCGCGCUACUUUUGCAAACUCCACGCAUGCGCGUGUGAGACCAGUGAGACAAAUCAGACAAAUUUGCAUGGCAACACUCAAGUUGUCUUUUGUUCUCUCGUUAUAUGGUCGCAUACGCCGGUCGCGGAAUACGCAGUUCAGUUCGUGAUACAGUGUGGGGUCGUUUUGUGUUUGAACGUUUUUUGAAAAAAAGGAUCCACUUGGUAAGUACAGUUAAAUAUCUACUUUCUAAAUUUGUCUUCCUUGAACUUUCUACAAAAUAUUCUCUCUUUUGUAAAAAGUCACUUGACAUAGUCUAUAGUGCCCAUAUACCCAGCAAUCUUCUAUAAUUUGUACACAUUCUUCUGUUCUAUUUCUAGAUUUUCAUCAUUGGACAUAUCACGUAGACCUAUUCUCUAACUCGCUAGCGACAAUCCGGUAUUGUUAGUGUCGUUGCGCAUUUUUUUACCAUGACAUGUAUAAUAUCUACGCAACGACGCUGUAACGAUAUUGAAUUGUCGCUAAAGAGUUACAGAAUAGGCCUACAAGAGCUACUGCCGGGAUUCUUAUGGACUGCAAAGGCCAGUAAUAAAAUAAUUAUUGCAAAUACACACACUAAUAAAGUAUUCGGAUAUCACGAGCAGUUGUGUGUGUGUGUGUGCGUGUACGAAAAGGAGACGGGGGAUCGACCCUUGAAACUAACAGAGAGGAAGGGCAUGCCGGAGCAUUACGUCGCAUGCGAGAAGGAGAGAAGAUUUUCGUCAUUGGAUAUAUCAUUGCAUGUUGCUUCGUAUCGCAUCACGCUAGUGUGCAGAAGCCAUUGGAUUCUUACAGACUGCAAGGGCUUGUGAUAAAGUAAUCACACACACUAUUAAAGUAUUCGGAUUUCACGAGCGACUGUGUGUAUGCGUGUACGAAAAGGAGUCGAGGGAUCGACUCUCGAAAUAACCAAUUUUUCUAAGGAAAAAUUAUUUGUUGCACCAAGUCAUC